AACCUUCUCUGUCUAUAAAUACACGCAAGUGUCGGCUCAAGAAAUCUCUCGAUCUUUCUCUCUCCUCUCUCUUUCUCUCUCUACACCGUCGCGGGAGAGCUCCACCGCCGAUUCAUGGCGGCGACGCAGGCGAGUCUUCUCCUCCAGAAACAGCUCAAGGAUCUUUGCAAGAACCCGGUCGACGGAUUCUCGGCCGGUCUGGUCGAUGAAAACAAUAUCUUUGAGUGGAGCGUCACGAUUAUCGGACCGCCUGAUACGCUCUAUGAGGGGGGAUUUUUCAAUGCCAUCAUGAGCUUUCCAAAUAAUUAUCCGAACAGCCCUCCGACGGUUAAGUUUACUUCCGAGAUAUGGCAUCCAAAUGUUUAUACUGAUGGGCGUGUUUGCAUAUCUAUUCUUCACCCCCCUGGUGAGGACCCAAAUGGUUAUGAGCUUGCAAGUGAGCGCUGGACACCUGUCCAUACGGUUGAAAGCAUAGUCUUGAGUAUAAUAUCAAUGCUAUCCAGUCCAAAUGAUGAAUCUCCUGCAAAUGUUGAAGCUGCAAAGCAGUGGAGAGAUCGGAGAGAGGAAUUCAAGAAAAAGGUCAGUCGCUGCGUGAGGAAAUCACAGGAGAUGCUAUGAAAUUAUCAAAUAUGAUGUUUGCUACCAAGUUGAACAUUUUCUCUGCACAAGCGUGUGAGAGGAGGUGUGAAUUGGCAAAAACGUUUGCCCUUGUAGAAUUUCAUUGAUUUUCUCACCCAAAAUAUCUUUAUUUCUUUUUGCUUUUUUUUUUUCUGUUGGUUUCUUCUUCUUCUUCUCUCUUUUUCUUCUCAUUGUCUAGUAAUUGUUAAAACAUGGAACAUCUCUGUAUUCAAUUAUCCGGUUCCUUGGUUGCCUUA